CUCAUGUGAUGUGUUGCUUAAGAUUGAACCCAGGGUCUAAUACAUACUAGGCAAGCAUUCCACUGAGCUGUUUCAGACCUUUUCAGUUUUUAUUUAAACUUGUUUUGUUUCCUUAGUUAAGAGCCACUACUAAUAACUGUAAUAGGAGUUUAAAGGAAAAGGAUCUAUUUUACAGAGACUACUCAUCUGUCUUAGUCAGAGGUAUUUGUUUGGUGGGGUUAUUUGUUUUCUAGAGACAAGGCUUCACUGUACACCAGGCUGGCCUUAAACUUGCAGCAAUCUUUCUGCGCUGUGUGCUGGUAUUAUGGAAGUGAACUGCCAUGUCCCGCUUCAAGUGUUAUUUUGACACUUCUAUAAGAAAAAUAGUUACUAGAGAUUUACAUCCUAUCUGAUUUCUCCACUUUUUGGUGGAGUAUAUGAUUUUUGAAUCAUCUCACUUAAUCAUUUGAGUGAGAAGAAUUUUGAGUUUAUCACAUUCAGUUGGCUGCUGGGUAAACAUGCAGGGCAAGUUCAGUGUGGCCAGUUUGACAACUCCAUUUGAAAAGCUGUGUUAGUUUUUUCUUCUAGCAUUGUUUCCUACUAUUAUAACUAAGCUGUCCUCCCCUUCGGGGAGGAUACUUUACUUCUCAUGUGACAUCUUAGACCAGUGAGCCAGUGUUUCUAAACAGCACAUUUUAUAUAGCUGUUAUGACUUACUUCUGCUCCUCCUCAUUGUAUGCUCUGUUCCGCUUGCUGCCAAUUCUGUUAAAGCAGUGGUUCUGUCAUGGUGACUAUUGUAUUAUAUGAAGUUGGUAAGUUGCCAGUAGCGGUUUUCUUGGCCUAUGCCUAUAUGAGCUAUUAAGUUUGCCUCCUCUAUUCCCAAACCAGGGAAGAACUAACUAGCUCUUCCCACUUCCUCAAUGCAAGAGCAGGGAUUAGAGGACACUGAAGUGAAAAGCCUAAAUUUCACCCUUAGAGUAACUUAAUGAUGUCAGGAAGGGCUUUGAGACCACUGGCCCUGCUUAUAGAUCUUAUUUUCCAAGCCUUUCAUUAUUUUAUUUGCCCUUUUCUGAACUCUACAAUUUCCCUCUCUUGUAGCUGGUUCGAUGCCCAGACCUGAAUGCUGUGCUCCAGCUGUGGCCUCACCGGUGCUGAAUAGAGAGGAAGAGCCACCUUCAUAGCUUACAUGAGCUGGAGUCAGAUGGCAGCACUAUGGAGGACUAUUCACAGGAGGACUGGGGAAACCACAGUCAGGAUCUCCAUGGCUAUCCAACAGAUCAGGAAUUGGAUGAAAUGCCAGUUUCAAAGAGAACGUUAAAAAUAAAACAAGAGUCUUCUGAAGAGGCACAGAAGCGAGACACCAUGCAGAAUAUUGUACAGAUUUUGGAGUCAGUGCAGUUGAAGUGGGAACUGUUUCAGAGCUGGACAGACUUUUCAAGGCUCCAUCUUUCCAAUAAGUUGGCCAUUUUUGGAAUUGGCUAUAACACUCGUUGGAAAGAGGAAAUCCGUUACCAUUAUGCUGAGAUCAGCUCACAGGUGCCCCUUGGCAAGCGUCUUCGGGAGUACUUCAACUCUGAGAAGCCUGAGGGACGGAUCAUUAUGACCCGGGUGCAAAAAAUGAACUGGAAAAAUGUUUACUACAAAUUUUUAGAGAUCACCAUCAGUGAGGCAAGGUGCCUAGAGCUGCACAUGGAGAUUGACUGGAUACCCAUUGCCCACUCCAAGCCAACUGGGGGCAAUGUCGUUCAGUAUUUAUUGCCAGGAGGGAUUCCCAAAACCCCAGGCCUUUAUGCCAUUGGCUAUGAAGAAUGUAUUGAGAGGCCCCUCUCACCAGAUGUGGAGCGCCAUGCCCUGGACCCAGGGAAGGAGGGCCGAGCUGACCUGGAAACCCUCUCAGCACAAGCCUCGUUACAGGUGGAGGUGGAGCCCACUCGGAUCAUCUACUGCUACCUCGGUAUUGCUGAAGGCAGGACUCUGCAGCAGUGCUUGUUUUUACAUUUUCAAGCAAAUACCAAAACCUUCAGUAAAGACUGGGUUGGUAUUAAUGGGUUUUUGUCUCAGAACUGUAUCGUGGAUCCUGGAGUUUCCCCCAAAUCCAUCUAUAUCAAAUUUGUAGAAGUAGAGAGGGAUUUUCUUUCCGCCGGCUCAUUAGUUGAGUGUCUGGAAAAAGCCAUCGGAUACCCCUUAAAAUUUAACAACUGAGUGUCAUCCUUCAUAAGGAUUUGGGCUUGUGCAUUCUCAUCCCUUCUUCCUGUUACCCAGACUACCCCACAUCCAGAUGCUGCCGUCGGACUCUCAUGGGAGCUCCUUCCACGAUGAGACCAAUACAACCUCUAAGAAAUCAUAGUAGACUCUGGGCAGAAAAAAGCAGACCUCGCCUGAAAUGCUCAUUUUGAGCAAGCAGGUCUUGCAUGGUGGGUCAGUUCUUUUUUACAAAAAGAAAACAUCGAUUUUAAAACCAAUUUUAGAGCCUUGAUAUAAACAAAUGUAGGUACAUUCCAUAUUGGACAAAACUUAUACUUUGAGUUUCAUAUGAAAUUGAAAAUUGUAUUUUUUUCACUGUUUCAUUUUUACACAUCUCUAUAAGUAUUAUUUACAACCUUGAAUAAAUAAGCAAUAGAUAAUGGCAAGUAAAUUGAGUCACAGUAAAUAAAACUGUUUUUGAAUAUUA